CUUUUGAGCUGCACGUGGCGCGGCCCGGAGCACGAGCGGUCUUGCUGGCAGACUUGUCUGAGGAUCUGACAGAGGCGAAGCACAGGGACUACCCAGAAGAACACAGGCAAAUCAGAAUCACGCCUCUCCUGCAGCAAUGGGCUGGCUGGAAGCAUCAAACUGGCAGCUUCACAUUUCCUUGAUAGUGCUACUCUCCAUACACAUGAAGGGUAUCUUGGCUGGACCAGUUGUUGAUCCACAUGUAACAGCAGUUUGGGGGAAGAAUGUCACCCUGAAAUGCAUAAUUGAAAUAAAUGGAACAAUAACACAAAUCUCAUGGGAGAAGAUGCAUGGUAAAAGUAAACACACCAUUGCUGUUCAUCAGCCUGAAUAUGGGUUUGCUGUUCAAGGAGAAUACCAAGGAAGAGUGUCACUUAAAAACUACUCACUUACUGAUGCAACUAUCACCCUACACAAUAUAAGCUUCUCUGAUUCAGGAGAAUAUGUAUGCAAAGUAGUUACAUUCCCACUAGGAAAUGCUCAGUCAUCAACAACUGUAACUGUAUUGGGUGCUCCUUAUUGGACCCAUUUAGAAAGGAUGGAGAAGAAGCUGCUAGCUGUGCCGGCAGCAAGUACUGUUCGCUUCCGUUGCCCUGCAGCAGGCAACCCCACCCCAUCCAUAUACUGGCUGAAAAAUGGCAAAGUAUUCAAGGGAGAACAUCGAAUUGGGAGCAUCAAAUUACGGCAUCAGCAGUGGAGCCUAGUGAUGGAGAGUGUGGUUCCGUCAGACCGAGGGAACUACACGUGCAUUGUAGAGAACAAAUAUGGCAGCAUUAGGCACACUUACCAGCUAGAUGUAGUAGAAAGGUCCCGCCACCGGCCUAUUCUCCAGGCUGGACUGCCUGCCAACCAGACUGUGGUGGUAGGGAGUGAUGUCGAAUUCCACUGCAAGGUGUACAGUGAUGCCCAGCCUCACAUCCAGUGGCUGAAACACGUGGAAGUCAACGGCAGUAAAUAUGGAUCCAACGGGACGUCUGUCACGGUGCUAAAGACGUCAGGUGUUAACACAGCGGCUGAGGAGCUAGAAAUUCUGUACUUGCGAAAUGUUACUUUUGAGGAUGCAGGGGAAUAUAUUUGCCUCGCUGGGAAUUCUAUGGGGUUUUCACAUCAUUCUGCUUGGCUGACGGUUCUACCAGCCCAGAGUGAACUAGUGGAGGCGGAUGAUUCUGGCUCCAUUUUUGCUGUCAUCCUCCGCUAUGGGGUUGGCUUCGUUUUCUUCUUCUUGGUGGUUGUCAUCGUGAUUGUCUGUAGGGUGAAAAUGACCAACAAAAAAGCCAUGAACACCCCCACUGUACAGGCAGUUGGCAAUAACAUUUUAUUUGUUCUAUUGAAGCUGGUGUCAUUGGAGUCAAACCCUUCCAUGAAUUCCGGUACCCCUCUGGUCAAUCUCACCCACCUCUCAUCCAGCGAUGGGCUGAAGCUAGCAAAUGUCUCAGAGCUCGAGCUGCCUGCUGAUCCCAAGUGGGAAUUAAUGAGAUCUCGCCUGACUCUGGGGAAACCUCUGGGUGAAGGUUGUUUUGGUCAAGUGGUGAUGGCAGAAGCGAUUGGGAUCGAUAAGGACAAACCAGACAAGGCCAUCACUGUAGCUGUCAAGAUGUUAAAAGAUGAUGCUACUGACGAGGAUCUUUCUGACCUGGUGUCCGAAAUGGAAAUGUUGAAAAUGAUUGGGAACCACAAAAAUAUCAUUAACCUCCUAGGCGCCUGCACGCAGGAUGGCCCACUUUACGUUCUGGUAGAAUAUGCGUCAAAAGGGAACUUGCAGGAAUAUCUCCGGGAUCAUCGGCCGCCCGACAUUUUUUCACUCGACACCUGCAAGCUGCCAGAAGAGCAGUUAACGUUUAAAGAUUUAGUCUCGUGCGCCUACCAGGUGUCCCAUGGCAUGGAGUAUUUGGCGUCUCAGAAAUGCAUUCACCGAGACUUGGCAGCCAGGAACGUGUUAGUCACUGAAGACAAUGUGAUGAAAAUAGCCGAUUUCGGCCUAGCCAGAGAUGUUGGCAACAUCAGCUGUUACAAGAAAACAACCAGUGGUCGGCUGCCUGUGAAAUGGAUGGCUCUAGAAGCAUUGUUUGAUGGGGUCUACACUCACCAGAGCGAUGUCUGGUCUUUUGGAGUGCUGCUAUGGGAGAUCUUUACUUUGGGGGGGUCUCCAUAUCCGGGAAUUCCAAGCAAGGAACUCUUCAAAUUCUUAAAAGAAGGCAAUCGGCUGGACAAGCCAGCAAACUGCACUCAUGACCUGUACAUGAUCAUGAAGGAGUGCUGGCAUGUAGUCCCAUCGGAACGGCCAACCUUUAAGCAGCUAGUGGAAGACCUGGAUAGGGUCCUUACUGUAACACCAACUGAGGAGUACCUUGACCUCUCCGUGCCAUUUGAGCAGUAUUCCCCCGCCCGCCAGGACACACACAGCACCCACUCUUCAGGAGACUAUUGCGCAAUGAAGGCUCUUCCGUGAAACUGCUUGGUAAUUCAAGAAGCUUUUUGUU